AACAAUGUGUAUUCCCCCUGGAGCCCUUUGGAACCCGGAGAAUCUUUUGAAGAAACGAGAUCUCUUGUGAGUUUGGAUUUAAUUGAAUCGAUGAUUGAUGUAUCGAAUCUUUGGAAUGCCAUGGGGAAUAUAUCUAUUUUUGAUAGAUUGUUUAACCUAAAAACCUUGGAUCUGAGUGAGAAUCCUUAUCUUGGAAAGGGGUUACCCCCUUCCAUCUUCAGACAGCUGUCCGCUCUGCAAGAACUGAGUAUAGAGGAAUGCGAUAUUUCUAACCUGCAUCACCUAACUUUCUUUGGGUUGAUAUCGCUCGAGAAGCUUAGUUUAAGAGGAAACAACAUUCACCAACUUCAUCAGGAUUUACUUCAAGGGUUGGUUCAAGUCAGAAGCAUUAACCUUCAAGGAAACUUCCUAUCGUAUCUCGAUGGAGCUAUAUUUUCAAACAAUGCAAAACUUACAACUCUGUCAUUAGCCAAUAACAAAUUGACCAGUCUCAACAAAAGCACUUUCCAACCAAUCAAACCCUCUCUUUCUUCCAUAGAUCUUUCAAACAACCCAAUCAAUUGCAACUGUGAUUUAAAGUGGCUUCUUGAUUGGCUAAGUGGCCCUAUACACGUGGUUAAAACGGAUGAGACUAUAUGUUCGUUAGCAUCUUUAGAUUCCGUUGGGGAGAAACCUUUGCUUGAUUUUGAUCCCAAUGAAAUAUGUGGGCUGAACAUUCUUUUGUUUUGUGUGCUUUCACUCGCCGCCAUUUGCUUCUUGGUCGUUGUGGGAUUCGUGUAUCACAAUCGAUGGCAGUUAAGGUUCAAACUCUAUCUCUUGAAACUGGCGGUCCUCGGGUACAACGAGCUACGGGACGCUCGAGACCACAACGACUACGAGUUUGACAUGAACAUCAUCUUCUACGACGACGAUGAACAUUGGAUUCGCGAACAGCUCCAACCGGCUUUUGAAGAACGGCUACCGCAGUUCGAGAGAAACGUGGUUGGCGAUGACGACCUUGUUCUAGGAAUGCACUACUUGGAUUCGGUUGACUACGUGGUUAGCAGGAGUUACAAGACUGUCAUAGUGCUCAGCAGAGCCGCCGUUCGCGAUCGCUGGUUCAUGCUCAAGUUCCGUAUUGCAAUGGACCAUGUCAGUGACACCCAGACCGAAUUCGUUGUGGUGGUCUUCCUCGAAGACAUCCCAGACGAUGAGAUACCGUUCCUGGCGAGGUUGUAUCUCAGUGAUGGUAGACCUUAUCUUCACUGGCCAAAUGACGAAAGAGGACAAGAAUAUUUCUGGAAUGAAAUAGUCAAAAGUUUGACCAUUAAUCUAAGGACCAACGAUUUGCUUCCGAAUGAGUAGAGUGUACACCAUAAAGCAUUAUGAUCGAUGAAGCAGAUAUUGUCAUCUCAGUCUUCGUAAUGUUUGUACGCCAGUUAAUUGUUUCCUCUUUUGUAUCCUUCUAAUUUACAUACAGUUUAUUCUAGCGUUUGACAAGUAUUCACUUCAGUUAUCAUUGUUAUUUAGACAUGUUAGUAGCAAGAUA